GGCAUUGGCCCCGCCCCUCGUUUCGGCUUGGUUGCGGCCCGUGGUGAGGGCGGCGGCGCGAUGUCGGACAAGGAGUUCAUGUGGGCCCUCAAGAACGGCGACUUGGACGAGGUGAAGGACUACGUGGCCAAGGGCGAAGAUGUGAAUCGAACUCUGGAAGGCGGGCGGAAACCUCUCCACUACGCAGCAGAUUGCGGGCAGCUCGAGAUCCUGGAGUUCCUUCUGCUGAAAGGAGCUGAUGUUAACGCCCCAGACAAACACAGUAUCACUCCACUCCUUUCAGCAGUCUACGAAGACCACAUGUCUUGUGUGAAGCUACUCCUGUCAAAGGGUGCGGAUAAGACGGUGAGAGGACCGGACGGACUCACUGCCUUGGAGGCGACCGACAAUCAGGCGAUCAAGGCUCUUCUCCAGUGAUGGAUGGAUGGACUGAGAUCUCAUGUCUCUCCCGUGGCCUCACGCUGCUGCCUGUCUGUCACUCUUUGUAUCUUCCAGCUUCUUCCACUAAAGAUUGGGGUGGGGGUGGGGAGGGGAGGAAGGAGAAACCACCACUGUAACCCCGACCCGUUAGGGCUCCUCUAAAAGAGACAGAAGGCCCCUCUGGAGAGAGCAGAGAUCCAUCUCACUGGCAUCUCCUUAGGACUGUUUUUUUAAGGCGUAUUCUUUCCCCCUCUCCAGCAGGACUGGACGCCCGCUAGGAAAAGGGAGAAGAGCGUGGUCUGAAAUGCAGCCUGUACACUUUUCUGAUUCUCCUAGGAUUUCUGGAAAGUUUUUGAAAGGGUAGCACUGUUCUGUGCUUUCUCGUUUUUGUUAAGGCACUGGAAACCUUGGGCUUUUACACCUUCAUUUUCAAAUCAUGGUAGCGGAACGGCUUCAGUCGAGCUGCAUCCUCACACCUCCGGGAGACCCUGCAAUAACGGGGGCUUCUGAAAUUAGUGCAUAAUAUCCCAGUCUUUAAGAAUCGGCUGCCGUGUUAAUCCUUCUUUCCCAAAGAAUACAUUGAAGAAUCAUGUGUGCUCCAAGACUUUCUAGUUGAGAACCAGCCAUAUCGGGAAAACGGCACUCUUUGUAAGGUGCCUGCUUGGAAAUUCCUCACCUCUGCAUCCUAAAAUGUGCUGGAACGACGAUGGCUCCAGACUCCUGGGUGCUAGAGGAUCCUUGCUUUGCCCUGGAGGCUGAAACGUCUUAAUUCGAAGUGGCUCUCGAUCUUUGAGGCUAAUAUCAUUCCUCUGAAGAAAGCCAAAACGUUCUUCGCUCUAGCUGUAUCCUCACCACGUCGAUCUCAUCAGUGCCGCCUGCCCCAUUGGAAUGAGGUUUGUUUCACUAGUUUAGUAUUGUGUUCAGAAACAAACAAACAAGAAAAUCCAGUACCACAGACUCAGCAGUCACAGGGUGGGCUGCAGCUCCUGCCCAGUAAAGGAGAGUACUUUAUACAGGUCUCUCUUCACCAAUACUUUUUAAGGUGGUUUUCUUAGGGACAUUGACUUAAGAGGCUUUGCGUUAUGCUAAGGUUUGUUUGUUUGAGUUGCUGAUAGAAACAGCACCUGGAUAUUCUUCCUGGACAAAAUUUGAGCCACGUCAGCCUUCCCGUUUUGGUGUAGAGCCAGUUUGGUGUAGUGGUUAAGUGUGCGGACUCUUAUCUGGGAGAACCAGGUUUGAUUCCCCACUCCUCCACUUGCACCUGCUGGAAUGGCCUUGGGUCAGCCAUAGCUCUAGCAGAGGUUGUCCUUGAAAGGGCAGCUGCUGCAAGAGUUCUCUCAGCCCCACCCACCUCACAGGGUGUCUGUUGGGGGGGAGGAAGGUAAAGGAGAUUGUGAGCCGCUCUGAGACUCUUCGGAGUGGAGGGCGGGAUAUAAAUCCAAUAUCUUCUUCUUCUAUCAUAUUCAUCUUCUUCUUCUUCCCAAUAAGAGUUGUCCUGGCUUCACAUCAAGACCUGUGAUAGCCCUCCAAGAUACGGACUGUUAGGUUUCGUAUACGCAUUUAUAGAACGGAGUGUACCUUUUCCCAUAUUUGUAGCGUUUCCUUCCAGUGAAAAAUCCAGCCAUUGAGUCACUGUUCCAAAAAAGAAGCGAGAGUAUAAUCCGUAGAGUAUGCGGAAUCCAUGUGGUACUGGAAGCAUGCACCACGACUCCAGUUGUACUUCGUUUCUCUUGGGACCCAUUCUGAUGCCACUCAGAACAUCUCCGCAAAGGAGCAGCCGUGAGGGGAGCAAACAGGUCUUUAAAAAGGACUCCCGGAAAGAGAGCCCUCUAAUCUCUCUAUCUGCCCUUCACGCAGGAAGCCGAUACGAACAACCUACCCAGACCAGUCUUCAUCCUGAUCUUUCUGUACUACUGGAAAGGCAUCGAUGAAGAUGCUGGGCAGUAAACAUUAUCGUCAGACUAAAAUUCUGCGACUAAAAUUCUGGCUGGGAUGGUUGGAUUCAGUAGCCUCUUCGAACGGUCUCCCGACCCGGAAUGAAAGGAACCAGUCCUGAUCAGUCUAGAACGGGUGAAAUUCUGAAGGUGCUUCACAGCCUGCAGUUCUCAUCAGUACUCCUUUUGGUAGGAUCUUGGGCCACUUGGAUCUUUCUGGCAUCUUGGUCCUGGCAUUUCAGGCUCUGCAACUUUCAUUGUUAUCUAGACAUCUCAGCUUCUUUUUCCUUCUGCCUUUUCCUUUCAGAAAUGGUAGAUGAGUUCUGAUGACUUCCCAUACUUCCAUCUUCUCAGCACCGGGCCUUGAUCUCUGGCCUAAACUAAGUUGAGUUAAUGAGAGCCAGUUUGGUGCCGUGGUUAAGUGGGCAGACUCUUUAUCUGGGAAAACCGGGUUUGAUUCCCCACUCCUCCACUUGCAGCUGCUGGAAUGGUCUUGGGUCAGCCAGAGCUCUCGUAGGAGUUGUCCUUGAAAGGGCAGCUGCUGUGAGAGCCCCCUCAGCCCCACCCACCUCACAGGGUUUCUGUUGUGGGGGGAGAAGAUAUAGGAGAUUGUAAGCCGCUCUGAGUUUCUGAUUCAGAGAGAAGGGCGGGUAUAAAUCUGCAGUCUUCUUCUUAAUUUUGGAUUCUUCUACUUAGAAUAUGGGUAGCAUGCGAUCUCCACUUGUGGGAGGGGAAGUCGGAGUGCUGUUUUCUGAUGCUGACGCUUAGUUGUCGGAAACUCUUGAUGCAAAUACCUUUUCCAGGUAGGAGUCUUUGCAGUGGGCGAUUGAAACUAACGAUCCAAAUACCAGAUCUCCGGCAACCAUGUAGGCUGUCAUUUCCUUUCAAGCUCCAGCUUAAUCGCUUGCGGUCUCAAAGCUUUCAGCUCCGCCCCUCGUACAGGCUUUUGUUUCCCUAACAGUUUUUGUUCUCGAUGGCAAAUACUAAAUAAAUGGAGAAGUAGCUAGGAGAAGCUGGUUAAGAGUGGAACGUCCUCAGCGGAGCAGUCGCCACGUUGCAUGCAAAACCCGACCUGGAAAAUCCUUCCAUUUUGAUCAGUGGAGAAAUGGUCAUAUCUUUCUACCCAACGCUGGAAGCAAAACCGUGGUUUGUGCGUUUUGAUAUUUGACCUUUUUUUCCCAGGGCGGUAACUGUUUUUCCACAGUUGGGUUUAUCGUUAUCAUGGCUCGUACCCGUCUCGACUGCUAAAAGAUGCCGUGUUUUCGUUUGUGUUGCAAGAAUGGAUGGAAUAAACUUGAACUGUGUUCUGAA